AUGUUUUUCUGUGGAUCAAAUUCAAAUGCGCUCGUGGUAAAUUGCUGGAUAAGUCGCCAAAAUAUCCAAAAUGAUGGGUGGCAAAGCAAAUGCCUUCAAGAUCCUUGAACUAUCACCGUUUCUCCCAAACGCAAGACUAGCAAUUUGCAGAAAAGAACGCAAUAUGGACAGAAACCUGCGGACAGCGAUGCAGAAGCGGUGGUGCAGUAUUUGAGCAAGAUGCAGCAUUUAUCAGCAUUCAAUAUGGUGAGCGCAACGCCUGAUGCCUGAUACACCAUGACUUGGCGCAUGAUGCAGUGGCUCCUCGCAACGAUUUUCGUCAUUCUUUCUCCUGCUGAGCUGCGUGUCUCGAAGCAGAGCACGACUGGACAGCAGAGUAGCCACCCUGUACCCCAACCAGCAGCUGAAAGGGUUGCCAGACAUCUGCAGGACUGUGAGGUGAUUGCCUGGGCCGAACUCUGUGAACGAAAGAAGUUGACGGCCGGGUCGUGCUUUCAACUUCAGUCCACCGCGGAAGCGCCACUCUGCGAGCUGCAAGGGCCGCACGGGGCGCCGGCGCAGCUGCGCCCAGCGGCAGCGGGGAUUCUGACCUUGACAUCCGGGGAGCUACGCAUCACCGGGCAAAUUCAGAUGACUUCUAUCCGCCUGGCAGCCAAGACUGUGAACUUUGCAGAUGCUCACGUCGAAGCGUGGCAUGAAGCUCCAUUGGAUCCAAACUCCACCGCAUCUGGUGGCGCCUUUUUCAGCGAGGGGUCAUUCACUUUGACCAGGUCCCGCCUGACAGUGAGGGAUGUUCGGGCUACUACUAUGGAUGGCGGUGGCUUCGCAGCGGACGGAGACCUGACCCUGGGUGGCAUUGCAGGGGCGCAGGUGUAG